AAACAUCAUUGAGCGCUCGGCUCGCAGUCUCUCUCAGUCUCUGAGUCUAGCUGAUUUUUAGACAGUUAUUCCUGGUGUACUCGUGGAGACAUGAGCGGACGAGUUGGAGAUCUGAGCGUGAAACAAGCCGAAGCUUUGGCUCAGUUUCGAGAAAAUGUUAAGGAUAUUCUACCCCAGUGUCCAUCCCAGAGUGACCACUUUCUGCUCCGAUGGCUGAGAGCCAGAAAUUUCAAUCUUCAGAAAGCCGAGGCCAUGCUGCGCAAGCACAUGGAAUUUCGGAAACACAUGAAAGUUGACACCAUCCUUACGGAGUGGCAGGUGCCAGAGGUAAUAGACAAGUAUCUGUGUGGUGGGAUGUGUGGCCAUGAUCGUGAAGGGAGCCCGGUCUGGUAUGAUGUCAUCGGACCUUUGGACCCUAAGGGUCUGAUGCAUUCGGCGUCCAAGCAGGACUUAAUCAAGUCUAAAGUCAGAGACCGUGAGAUUCUGCAGAAAGAGUGCGACCUACAGAGCGAACAGUUGGGUAGGAACAUUGAGUCCAUUACUAUGGUCUAUGACUGUGAAGGUCUGGGAAUGAAGCACUUAUAUAAGCCUGCUAUAGAGACUUAUGGAGAGGUUCUCACUAUGUUUGAAGAUAACUAUCCAGAGGGACUCAAGAGGUUAUUUGUCAUUAAAGCACCCAAACUGUUUCCUGUGGCUUACAAUCUGGUGAAGCAUUUUUUGAGUGAGGACACUCGCUGGAAGGUCGUCGUACUGGGAUCAAACUGGCUGGAGGUUUUACAGAAAUACAUCGACCCUGAGGAGCUCCCAGCGUACUAUGGAGGCAAACUGACUGACCCUGAUGGUGACCCCAGAUGUAGAACCAGGAUUACAUUUGGAUCAGAGAUUCCCAAGACCUACUAUGUUCGAGACUCCAUUAAAGUGGACUAUGAUCAGUCUGUGACUAUUGGCCGUGGCUCAUCUCAUCAGGUGGAAUAUGAGCUACUUGCACCAAACUGUGCGCUAAGAUGGCAGUUCACCUGUGAUGGUGCUGACAUAGGUUUCGGUGUCUAUGAGAAGACGAAGAUGGGAGAGUGGAUGAAGGCCAGUGAAAUGAAGGAAAUUGUGCCAAAUCAGCGUUACAACGCACACCUGGUACCCGAGGACGGAUCCCUCGCCUGCCCAGAACCAGGAGUGUACGUACUGCGAUUUGACAACACAUACAGCAUCUUCCAGUCCAAAACGGUCAGCUUCACAGUGGAGGUUCUCCUACCUAGUCAAGUCAACCAAUCAGAACGUUAGAAAUGCUGACAACUAGCAAAGCAGACAAUAAAUUGAGAUUAUGAAACGGUUUGGAAACUCUUGCUCUUAAGCAUAACAAACUCAUGACAUCUUAUACAGUAUAUCUUCUGUACUAUAAAAGGAAAAUAUUAUAAUAAUGCUGCUCUCGACAAGGAGAGUAUGUACAUUAAUUGAACUGACUAAUCACUGCAUUAAAAUGGUGGGAUGAAAUUUACUCUUCAGUGAUCGAUGUGCAAUGACAGACUGUUUCGUCCACUGAUAUAUCUGGAUCCUGACUUCGAUGCCAGUGUGAUUCUUUACAUUUGUUUCUCUAAGAUGAAGCUGUUAUCAAGUUGAUUUAUCAUAUAUUAAUGAAGUGUUGAGCUUAUCAGUGAGCUGUGGUUUAUCAAGUGUAACAACUGUGUUGCAAAUUACUAGACUGAAACCGUCUUGGUAUGUAUUAUUUGAGCUUGCCCUUUUGUGCCCUCUUUAUGAUUCAUGUUCUUUAUCUGUUUGGUUCCUUUUGAUCAUGAAUUCAUUUAGAUAAUGAACUCCGAUUAGUCUGCACAGUUUUCUCUCAGAAUGUGGUUUGAGGUUAAAUUAUUACCUACUUUUAUGUUGUUGACGCACACAAAUCUGUGAACCUUUUGAAAUAUUUUGUUUACAAAGAGCAUUUGACUUGAUACGGAGUAUGAUGUCGACAUGUCAUGGGUAGUUUGCGGUUUUUUUAAUCCUUUUUUAUUUAUUGAACUAAUUGAUGUAAACUUUUCAUAGUAAGAUUUUAUACCUCAGGUCCUUGUGUUUACAGUAACAGUGCCUGUAUUUGAUUCCAGCAACAUGCAUCUGUUCUGUAAGUGACCACAUUGC